CGCCACUGGCUAGCAAUGAUAGUGACGCACUUCCGGGCGGCCCUGGGGAAGAUGGCGGACGGUUGUGAGCACUGGUGGGCGGAGCUGCUCAAUCACCCCGUGUUACGCCGACUGAAGGGGGGUGACAGGCAUUGGGAUGAAGCGGCUAAGAAUAUCAUCUUCUGUGUCGAUAAUGACCUUUUCUUCUGGGAUACGGACGAGAGCGUGUUUUACACCAUCAACAUCAGGAACCUGAACGUCGGCAUCGACUCAUACCAGACAUUACUGUGUAUAAACGCACCUUUGUUUGAAGUUAAUGAAGUUCUGCUUAGCUCAACACAGCAUCAUGUGCUACUGAUUGGAACUAAAGGCAUGAUGGUGUUGGAGUUGCCCCAGCGAUGGGGCAAGAGGUCUGAGUUUGAAGGUGGAAAAGACAGGAUUAAUUGUCGAACUGUUCCUAUAGCAGAAAGGUUCUUUACUAGUUCGACAUCGCUGACAUUGAAGCAUGCUGCUUGGUACCCUAGUGAAACUGAGGAACCACAUGUUGUCAUGUUAACAUCUGAUAAUUCUAUAAGGUUCUAUGAUUUAAAGCAACCACAGGCUCCAGUGAAGACAUUCAGCCUUACUCAGUGUGAAGACGAAAAUAUUGUACCAGCCACACGAUCAUAUACAGCAUCACUGGGUGAGAUUGCAGUUGCAUUUGAUUUUGGCCCUUUGACAUAUGCUCCUGGGCGUCGUUCCAAAGAAGAGGUUCAGAUCUAUCCGCUUUACAUCCUGUAUGAAAAUGGCGAGACCUUCUUGAUAUACUGCAACCUUACUCACGCCAGCACUGGCCUUAUUGGAAAGUUACUGGGUCCUCUGCCAAUGCACCCAGCCGCUGAGGAUAAUUACGGCUAUGAUGCUUGUGCAAUACUGUGCCUUCCCUGUACCCCCAACAUUCUGGUUAUUGCUACACAAUCUGGGAUGCUAUACCACUGUGUAGUUCUUGAAGGAGAUGAAGAGGAGGAUCAGAUGGCUAAUGAAUCUUGGGACCUGAGGUGUGAGUCGCUUCCUUCUCUGUAUGUGUUUGAAUGUGUGGAACUGGAGUUGAGCCUGAAGCUGGCAACAGGGGAUGACUAUGAGCAGUUGCAAUCAGAUUUCUCCUGCCCAAUUGCAUUACAUAAAGAUCCAUUAUGUCCAACACGAUAUCAUUGUAUACACCUAGCUGGUGUACACAGCAUUGGGCUGACAUGGGUCAACGAACUUGAACAAUUCUUCAGCACAGAUGAUGAAGAUAAAAAUGCGCUGCAGGAGUUGGCAGCAGAGCAGAAAUGCUUAGUGGAACAUGUCCUGUGCACCAAGCCACUGCCGUGCAGCCCACCUGCACCAAUCAAAGGAUUCUGGAUUGUUUCAGACCUCUCUCUAGGAGCUGCAAUGCUUUGUAUUACAGAUACAUUUGAAUGUAUUAUAAGACAAUUGCUGACCACUACACGGCCAGUAUCGCCACCGCUAUUGUGUUCCAACCCAGACACUGGCUGUGUGGCAUCUCCACUGAGAAACUUUGCAAGCAAUUCCUUCGAACAACACAUUAGGAACAUUUUACGUCGUAAUACAACCAAUCCAUUGCUUCUGAGGGCUUCUGAUGCCAUGGAAGCUCCACCACCACAGGAAUGCCUGCAGCUCUUAAGUCGAGCCACCCAGGUAUUCAGAGAAGAGUACAUCCUCAAGCAGGCUCUCGCAAGAGAAGAGAUCUUACGCAGGGUGAAGCUUCUGGAUAGUCAGAAGAAGAAACAACAGCAGGAUCUUAUGCAGUGCAUCAAGGACAAGAAUGUCAUACGGGAAAUGGCGGAGAUACUUGCUGACAAAUUUGAAGAUGCAAGAGAUAACCAAGAAGACCUCAUGAAUAGGGUGAAAAAAGUCUUGCACAGUUUUAAUUCAAAACUUCCUGUGCUGUCGGACAGUGAGAGAGACAUGAAGAAAGAACUUAAAUAUAUCAGGGAACGCCUCGAGGGCCUGGGAAAUAGUGUUAAGCAGGUGCAUAUGAAGAGUGAAUACCAGCAGAGGGAAAUACAUGGGGAAGAUAGCCCACGGAAAAAGAGCAUCUCACUGAGUGCAUCCCAGAAGAAGUGCAUUCAUUCAGUACUAAAAGAGCAAUUGGUCCCUGGCAUGAGAGGGUGUCCUAUGAUGAGACUGAGUAAAUUGAGCCUAUAUUCUCUGGAGUCUAGAAGAAUGGGAGGUGAUCACAUUGAAACAUACACGAUCCUGAAAGGGCUUGUUGACAGGGUGGACACAGGGAGGUUGUUUCCCUGGCUGGGGGCUCUAAAACACCGGAGGCACAGUCUCAGGAUAAACUGUUCAUCAUUUAGGACUGAGAUGAGAGACUUCUACAUUCAAAAGGAGUGACCGUAUUGCUGAAAUGGUGAAGAAGAUUAAUGACAUUCGAACUCAUGUGAACUUUUAACUCCUUAACUUUUCUAUUCUGCUCACUGAUGCCAGGUUAUUUUUCAAGCUGCGAUGUAUGAAAGUGGGAUGGGCAAUGACCCCAAUUACACUGAAACAACAUUGAGACAAAGUAAAAACAGCAUUUCCAACACUGCUGAUCUGUUCUUGACUAGGCUUAUUUGCAGUAUGCAUAAAGACCCAAAUUGUUUUAACCUUGCAUGUCUCAGAUAUUUUUGCGAUUUAUUCUUCAAUUAAAAAAUCAUUGGUGGAGGCGCUGCAGCAAGAAUUAGUGCAAGGGCUCCCAUCGACCUCAGAUUAUUAAACUAAUUCUUCUCUAUACAUUAUAUUUCAUUAAUUCCAAAUGACUGACUAAUGACCCACAUCUUGCUGGACUUAAUAUCACCAGUAGAAGGGAUAUUUUUUCUUCUGAUUCCUGGCUGAUGCCAUGUACAGUUUCACCUUUUGCCUAAAUAGCAGUUCUUCCUGUGUAAGCCUAGAGGUUAAACAUCAGGAGGCAAUUCGAGCACAGCCUUAUUCUAGAAUUGUGUUGUGAUCAAAACCAUGAAAUAUUUGCUUUAUCCACUACUUUGGUAGCUGCUUUUCCAGGGAAAAAAUAUCCCCCCCGUUUCUAUCUGUUCUUACUUUAUGCUGUGGGGAUGGGUAAACCUUCCAUACCACUGCCAGGUGCUGCUUAGGACCAAGUGUCUGGCAUUUCCUUUUCCUGCUGUGUUAGUGUUACUGUUUCAGCUUUAACCUGGUUUUAAUAGCAGGAGUACAGUCUCAUCAUAGCUAGGCACGUAUAUUUGCUCAUUCAUACUGCUGAUGUUCUACUUCCUAAGUCAAUUAUUGCUUCCUUUUAAUGUAUAAAGGAAGUUUGCACACCUUUCACCAGAUUUAUUUUUCAUACUUUCAAUGUUUUUGUUGAACUAGUUUGGAAGGCCCAGCCCAGAGAAACUGUAUCUCUUGAAAUGGCUUGGAACUUCAGUCUGAGUGCUUUUUGAUUAGCCUGUUUAGGAAAAAGAUUAGAUCUCCUGGUCCUCACCUUGGCAGUAGGAGCACUGCCCUGGCUUUAUGCUCUGAUCAGCUGAGUGGGAAAAUCAGCCACAGACCCACUCAGGACUGGGGUCCAGUGGCUCCUGCUGGAAAGUCUGUGCAAGUCUUGUGAAAAUGUGAUUGGAAUUCGUUCUAAUAUCCAUAUCCCUCAUUGCGAAAUGGUCAGAUGGGUGAGAUGAGGGGAAGCAGAGAAGAGGAGAGAUGACUGCUGGCACAUAUGGAACUUUGCAUGACAUGAGACAGUAUUUUAGGAAAGGAGAGGCAACUCCUCAUUCAGGUUUGCUCCUAAAAUUAUCUAAAGUAAACGUUUAAAAAUGUUUGAAAUAUUUUGGAAAUUCUUGUAAAUGAAACUGUCAAUUUAUACUUCGGCAUCCAGUUUAUUUUUGCACCUCACAGCUGUUGCUUUGAUUUAUGGAAAGCAGCUACUCCUUUUGGAGGUGUGAUGGCUGCUGGACCUAUUUCAUUCCAACCCUAUAAAUGCCAUGAAGAAGGGAGUAAUUUUAACUUCAUGCAUCCGAUGGGGAUAGUCAGUUUCCCAUUAGAUUAAAAUUACCCCCAAAUAUUUUGUUAGAAAAGUAAUAUUUAGAUAUUUUGACCCAAAGUAUACAGAGCAAAUGAUAAGACUUUUUUAAAAGAAGUACUUAGCUGUGUAAUUUUGUGUACUUUUUACAUCUGUAUGAAUAAAUGCUUUUAUAUGGUA